AUGCGCCUCGACUCCCCUGUCCCAGACGAGCCACCAGUGAUCCAACCUCUGAACUUCGACAGAAGGAACGGCUUCUCUUCAACAGCAGCAAUGGGCCAGCCAAGUGCUGUGCCCACUCCACCCUUGCCAUACCCGGACGACGACCAAACGCAGCCCAUUCAAGUCCCAAGUAGCACGAAUGGCUCAAUCCCGCAGUCACUGAAGUCGGGCCCUGGCCGUGUCGCAAGCCCUUCGAAGAAUACAAGGGCAGGGUCCCCAUCUCAGGGCAGUGUUACCUCUGCGCAGACUCUGUUCAAUUAUCCGCGCCCACAGAAGAAACAGGCUACUUUGGCCGAGAGGCGAGGAGCCGUUCCCAAACCGCUGCCCAACUCCACGGGGUCGGUUUCGCCGGACAAGGAGCCGUAUUGGAGGAAUUACCAACGAGCUGCAACGGGCCCGGUUGCCGGCCCCCAGCCCGAUGCGAAUUCCCAUUCAGGGUCCCAGCAGCAGUUUUGGCCACCGCCAAGGGCCUCCACAGGUCCUGCUGCAACAAAGGUGGCCGCGCAGAACUACUUAGCACCGGACAACUCCAUCAACCGGAACAGCUCCCUGAUGUCAAUCUCCACGACACGCGCUGAACGCGGUUCUCCACCACCACCAGAAACCCCUGUAGUUGGCCCUGAUGACCAACUGGACAUCGGAGCCCGAUUCACUGCCGCCAGGAUUACAGGCUCCCAUGCCCUAGGGGGACUGCAGGCACAAAACGCUGCUGCGCAGCGAAGAGCAGGACCAUAUGCUGGUCAACAACCUAGAAACCAGCCACCGCUGCAGCGGCCGUGGACGCCAACUGAAGAGCCAGGGUCCCAACCGCAUGGGCCACCGACUGUUUACCAAGGCCCUGGGGUUGUGGCCGCGGAGAACCAAGUCACAAAUCUUCAAGGUCAGACCAACCACCAGGCUUCCCGGACGGCACAGUUAACCGCCAUCCCGCAAAAUGCUCUGGAGCGUGAAAUGGAAAGGAUGCAUAUCGCUUCAUCGCCUCCCCCCUCGUAUUCUAGUGUGUCUACCCCGACGGUUUCCGAGGCGUUUCAAAAUGAGAAGCAGCGUCUCGCGGCGUCGAUGACGCAAAACGGACCUACACAUCCCGCGCUGGCGGCAUCAACUGCUACAACGGUCGCCCCCCAGGAUCAUCCUGCUUUUGCCAAUGGUCCGAGACAACUGAUCGCUGAUCAGUCACGCCCAGCUUCUGUUCAACAUGGCCAUCCUACCGUGCAGCAGGCUCAGUUCCAAUCCCCCCCCGCAUCAGCGGGACUGCCUCCUUCCCCCCCCCCUCUUCCAGAGGGCUGGAUCGCGCAUCUUGACUCAAAUUCAGGCCAGUACUACUAUAUUCACCUGCCGACCCAAGCAACACAGUGGGAGUUUCCAAAGGGCCCCACACCGUUGAAUCUCACCGAAGUGCCUUUGUCCCCAGUAGGAAGCGUAUAUAGUGCACACCCCCUAAAAUCACCAGGCAUAUCGGCAUUUAGCAAGCCCUUAAUGACCCCAGGGCCCAUGUCUCCAGGGCCAAUGUCUCCCGGCGGUGACAGCCUGCAGUCACCAAUAGUUGCUGGAUUCAUGGGGCUGCCGCCUAGCAGUGGUGUAGAUCUGUAUAGAGUUGCGCCUAUGAAUGGUGUAUACUUCGGUCCAUACCUGCGGUACACUAACAUGGAUUUGGAGCGUGGCCUCUGGCUAGGCUCGAUUCUUCUAGUGACGGACGCUGCACAGCCUCCUACCAUCCAUAUCCACCAGAGUGUCGACCUGUCUCCGAACCCUAGGCAACUGAAACCGGCUAGCAUUGCUGUCCACCAGCGGUGGACAUUUUACAAGUACGACAUCGACUUGCAGAUGGAGGACUUUGGGGCCGCGAAAUGGACCUAUGCUGUCACGUCACACUUGGGAUGCACUCGCUAUGAAUUCCUUGUUGCUGGACGGUAUGAAAACAACUGGCGUUUAAUUGCAACUUCGAAUAAUGACUUCUCGCUCAAUGUUAACGCUAACGAACGGUCGCGACUCGGGGGUGUUGGUUAUAUGUGGAAGGACAUCGUCCAGAAACACGAUGAGAUUGGAGGGUUCCAUGCACAGCUGUGUUUAGGCGGGCAGAUAUAUGCUGAUCGAAUGUGGAAGGAAAUCCCAUCUCUUAAGCAGUGGCUUGCAACGAGCGGGAAGGAAACAAGGAAGAAUGCUCCGUGGACGGCAGCCCAUGAGGAAGAUGUCUCGCACGCUUAUUUCCACUACUAUACAAGCCACUUUGAUCAGCCUCAUCUAAGGGAGGCAUUUGCGCAGAUUCCAUAUCUUUGCCAGAUUGACGACCAUGACAUUUUUGACGGUUUCGGGUCCUAUCCCGAACACAUGCAAUUCUCCAAUAUGUUCAAAAACAUCGGCCGCAUUGGCGUUCAAAUGUAUCUUCUCUUUCAACACCAUACGACGUUGGACAUUCUCCGCAAGUCCAGUACUGAUACCGAUUUGUUCACCAUUACGGGAACCGGCUGGCACUUUGUCAAGUACCUAGGGCCUGCGGUAGCUGUCGUGGGCGUUGACUGUCGAUCAGAGCGUAAUCCUCACCAGGUAAUAGCCGGUCCAACAUACCAAGGCCUGUUUCCUAAAGUGGUGUUGCUGCCGCCCUCGGUACAGCACUGUAUAUGGAUGAUAUCUACGCCCCUGAUCUAUCCACGGUUAGAAACUGCAGAGCAUCUUGCACAGACGGUAGCUACGGGAAAAAGGGCCGUGACCGGCGCAUACAAUGUGCUAGGGAAGGUCACCAGCUCCGUUGCCGGUGUGAUAGGGGCUAAGGAAGCAGUGGGCUCUGGAUUUGACUCGGUUAAGCGUGUCGUCGGGAAAUCUGGUCUCAUGGGUGGGUUAUUAAGUCCAUUCGGGGAGCUGGGUGUCCUUGACGAGUUGAGGGACCAAUGGACGCAUGAAUCUAAGGACCUUGAAAGAACAUACCUUAUCCGCACGCUUCAGGGCAUUGCACAUCAGAAGUCGCUCAGGAUGACCUUCCUCUCCGGCAAUGUCAAUGUCUGCGGGGCAGGCAUGGUGUAUGAUCCUGCUCAUCCACUGGACCAUAAAACGAUGUACCAGAUCAUCGCGUCACCGGUUGUGAAUAAUCCACCGCCAUCAUAUAUGCUCCGGCUCCUUCACGGCAGCGAGAAACAGCUAUACAUCCCAGCUAAUGGGCAACGGUCAACUCCCACCAAACCGUCAGACACCAAAGAAGAGAUGCUGGACGUUUUCCAGAUGGAUAUGAAUGGACAACCGCGCGAGCAGCGGAGGUUAAUGGGACGAAGGAACUAUGUUGCCAUCGUUGCCUAUGAUCCGGAUGCUGUCAGUGCAGCAUACGGCCGCACGGAUACCGGCCAGGGCAGCGGCAAAUUGAGUCUCUCAGUGGACUUUAUGGUGCAGGGAGACGGUACUUACGGAAAUGUGGUCAAGUAUGGGCCUGUAGUAAUACCAAGAUUGGCGCAAGGGAAAUAG